AUGUUUCAACUUUCUACUGAUUUAAAACCCCGCGGAGACCAAGUUGAAGCUAUUCAAAAGUUAAUUCAUGGAAUCCAAAAAAAUCAAAAACAGCAAGUGCUCUUAGGAGCUACCGGAACCGGCAAAACUUUCACCAUGGCUAAUGUCAUUCACCAAACUCAAAAGUCAACUUUAAUUUUAGUUCCUAAUAAAACCCUUGCUUUGCAAAUUUAUCAAGAGAUGCAAAAUUUUUUCCCCCACAAUAAAGUUGAAUAUUAUGUUUCUUAUUUUGAUUAUUAUCAACCCGAAGCUUAUAAACCUCAUUCCGACACUUAUAUUAGCAAAAAAACCCAAGUUAAUUUGAAUAUUCAGCGAAUGCGCCUAAGAACUUUAAAUUCCUUGGUAACGGAAAAAAAGGUAAUUGUAGUAGCCUCGGUGGCUGCCAUUUAUGGAUGUUUUGAUCCAAAUUCUUAUCGGCGAGCCGUUUUAGAACUAAAUGUAGGACAAGCAAUAAGCCAGCAGGAAAUAGCGAUUGGCUUAACUAAACUAGGGUAUAAUUCACACUGUUUAGAAUUAGAAGAGGGCUGUUUUUUAUUAGAAGUUAAAGAGGGACACCUUAGCAGUAUUGAAAAAUGUUCUUCAAUUAAAGAAGGGGAAAAAGAAAAUAAGUUAAAUAUUCUCAUCCCCCCCACCCGUGAAUACAUUUAUUUAACCGAAGAAGAAAAUAAAAGUUUAGUUGCUAUAUUAGGGGAAAUAAGGCAAGAAUUAAAAGAAAAAAUUAAUCAGUUUAAGCAGCAAGCAAAGUUAGUAGAAGCCCAAAGGUUAGAAAGCCGAAUUAACGAAGAUUUGCUUAACUUAGGAGAGACGGGAAUUUGUCCCAUGAUUGAAAAUUAUGCUCGUUAUUUUGAUGGUCGUCAACCCGGAGAGUGCCCUUAUGUUUUAUUAGAUUAUUUUCCUGACGAUUAUUUAACUAUUAUUGAUGAAUCUCAUUUAGCCAUUCCUCAAAUUCGGGCAAUGUAUAAUACCGACCAUAGCCGCAAAAAAACCUUAGUAAAAUAUGGAUUUCGCUUGCCUUCGGCUUUGGAUAACCGACCUUUGAACUUUACUGAAUUUGCUGGUAAAUUAGCAAAUGUAAUUUAUACUUCGGCCACGCCUGGACCUUAUGAAUUAGCCCAAACUAACUACAAGUUAGUUGAACAAAUUAUCCGCCCUACCGGGCUUUUAGACCCAGUUAUAGAAGUUCGUGCUACCAAAGGGCAAAUUGAAGAUAUUAUUCAAUUGAUUAAGCAACAAAUUAUCCAAAACGAAAAAACCAUUAUUUAUGCUUUAACCAUCAAAAUGGCCGAGGACAUUGCUUAUUUUCUUAACCAACGAGACAUUAAAGCCAUUUUUUUACAUAGCAAACUAGAUAUCUUUGCUCGCAAUCAAGCCAUUGCUAGUCUUCGCCGAGGAGUUUAUGACGUGAUAGUAGGAAUUAACCUUUUGCGAGAAGGCUUAGAUAUGCCCGAAGUCUCUUUAAUUUGUGUUUUAGAUGCCGAUAAACCAGGAUUUUUACGGGAUACCCGUUCACUUAUUCAAAUUAUCGGUCGAGUAGCCCGACACCAAAACGGACGAGCCAUUCUUUAUGGCGAUAUUAUUACUACUAAUAUGCGAGCAGCGAUGACCGAAACCCAGCGCCGCCGCCUUAUUCAAGCAACUCAUAAUAAAGCCAAUAAAAUUAUUCCGCAGACUAUCCAAAAAGAGAUAUUUUUUUUAGACCCUCGUUUAACGGCUCUACGAAAAAAGAAACAAGAACAAAAAUGA